AUGAGAGGGUUCCACGCUGCCCGUAAUAUUCUUCAAAGCGCAAACGAAAAGCUUGUCCUCCAACUAGACAGCAAAGCAAAAGAACUUGAGGAAGAAAAAGCCUUGUCAAAGAAGAAAAUCCAGGAGUUAGAAAGCGACCACCAGGAAAGCUUCGGAAAAAUUCGACAAUACUACCAAACUUUGCUUAACAACAGAAACUGCAAAAAUAAUGAACUUGAAGAAACGAUCUCAGAGUUGAACUCUACAAUUGAUGAAUGCGAAGAAAACCACCGCACUGAGAUGGAAGAAAUAGAUACGAGGUAUUCAAAAGUAAUCGAUGAACAAAACGAACACUUGAUGCAGCUGGAGUCUAGGGUUGCCGAGUUGACACAGAAAAACUGCGAAUUGAACGACACUGUGGACGAACUAGAGCUCAGCUCUUACGCGCUACCAGAUUACUACAAAAUUCUGAACGUGAAUAGGUUAGACACCGACGAAAAAAUCAUGAAGUCCUACAGAGAGAAAAUUCUACAAGCCCAUCCAGACAAGAUCAAUCAGAUACAAACAGAUGAUGUUGACAAAGCGUUGAUGAAGGCGAACCGACUAAGCCAGGCACUUAAUCGUGCAAAGGACUUAUUAAUGAAUUCGAGACUUCGGUAUCAAUACGACAGCUGGUUAGACAUGACGGAGAUCAAGAAAACAGAGAAGAAAAUAUGGGAUUAUAAAGCGUUUGAAGAACGGAAACGUUACAGGAAUUAA